AUGGCUGUCGAGAUGGCAUUGACCAGAGACCGACUGGAGCACCUCGCCGAGACAGACGUCCGCAACCACAUCCCACCCGAAGUCCUCCUUCCAGCCCUCAGCUCACCGCCCUUCAUCCCUUCGACCUCGUUCAUCAACAUCCGAGAUCUUGGUGCGGUCCCAGGCUCGGCGAUCCGUCCAGGCCUAAUCUAUCGGUGCGGUACCCUCGAAGUCGCCGCUAAAGACCCGCAGGCACUGUCCUGGCUCUCCACGAGCGUGAAGCGCAUCUUCGACAUUCGUUCUCCGCAGGAACGCGAGAAGGCCCCAGACCCAGACGUCGAUGGCGUCGAAAACACCUGGUUCAACAGCACCAGCGUCGACCUGCCUCCCGUGUUGGACGAGUUCGUUCAAGGUGGCGGUGAGGCGGGCUUGAGAAAGGAGUACCUCAAGGUGCUGCAGAUCUACCGACCCAGCUUCCGCGCCGUUUUGGAGCACCUCCGCGAUAGGCCUGGAGAGCCGUUUCUCUUCCACUGCACUGCCGGACGUGACCGCACCGGCGUGCUGGCGGGUAUUCUGCAAUCUCUCGCCGGCGCGACUCCCGAGGAUGUCUGCUUCGAUUACAUGCUCUCCCGAAUCGGCACCGAACCUGCUCGAGAGAGAUUGCUUCACUAUGCCCGUGUAGGGACUGGGACUUUCGCCGAUGACGAGCAUCCGGGCUUCUACAAUAUGUGUAGCCUGCAGAAGUCGUGUUGGGAUGCGUUUGUCAUGGGUGUGGGAGAUGUGCAUGGUGGCUGGGAGGGCUACGUGACCGGGACAUUGGGGUUCUCUGGAGAGGACCUUGAGAAGAUCAAGGUGCAUCUUCGUUCAGCCGGUGCCCUCCCGAACUGA